AUGACUGAUCACGAGGGUUCUAUAAGGGAUUUGGACACAAGGGCUCUGGGGGAAAUAGACAACAAAGUGGACAAAUUGCUGACGCUGUGCGAAACGGACGUUAAACUGAAGGACUUCUCCUUUGCAUUCAAACUGGAGCAUGCGGUCGAUGUGGCAGCGUUUGAUGCGGGGCGCGAGCCCGGGGAAGAGGUACUCCACCUGCAACAUGUCCUGUUCCGUAUGAUAAAGCUUAGUCUUCACGUUGCGCGUCAUGUACUGCACCGAACAAAGGGGUUUAUUGCACCCGGCACUACGAAUACGGAGGACCCUGUGGUAGGCGGAGCUACAAAUGCUGAAGGAGAUGCUGAGAGCGGUGGGCUUCAACGAGAAAGCAGCGUUGCGGAGCUUAGUGACGGCUCUGAGGCAUGGUUAGACAUGGGAGCGACCCUGUCACACUCUGCUGUUGAGGUGCUCAAUCUUACACUGUUAAGUCAUCGACGACUCCUCAGAAGGCUCCAGACAUAUUGCUUGGGAUCACAAGUACUGGAAUAUAUAACGGAUGCGCUAACCAUUUCGCGUGAUCAUGAGAUAACAUGUUUUCUAGAGGGUUUCAGGAGGGAACAUGUCCGGCUUGUAGCCAAUCUGACUUACGAGAAUAAGGAGGUCUGCUCCGCAGUUUUAGGUGACACCCGCCUUCUCACUGCCAUCCUCGGAGCCACACGCAUUGAUUUGGAAAAUCCAGGCAUGGGUGAGUGGGCGACGUUCGUCAUUAGGAAUCUUUGCUACUGCUCAAACGAGGCGCGCGAAAUUUUGCGAGGGCUCACCCCUAUCAGUAUAGUUGAGGAAGCGGAUGAAUUGUUUGGAAAAGCAGUUGACCCGCACGCAACCCCAGAAGGAAGGUCUGCCAUGGAGCCGCUGCAGACGCACACAGAAUAA